AUGAGCUUGCACCUCAAGGUCCCGCCAACGAUCUUGCCCGACUUGGCCGCUCGAGAGCACAGGAAUCGCGUCUGGUGGACUGCGUACACUUUCGACCGCAUGUGGUCGGCAAAUUUAGGUUUCCCUCCCGCUAUUUCUGAUAACGAGAUGAAGGUGGACCUGCCAUCAAAUCCACACGAGCAGAUUGACACGGCAGACUUCCCGGAUCGCUCUUAUUUCGUGGCAAGAAUCACCCUUGCAAAAUUGACGUCCCGUACAAUGAACGCCAUCUACGGAUAUGACGCUCAAGCAAAGUCUCUCUCCGAGAGAGUACAGUCGGCCUUCAGAGACUUACGGACAUGGAUGGACGAGCUCCCAGAAUCCCUCAAGGUCGACGGCACGGCUCAAUCCAAAAGCGAUUCCAGGGCGUGCUCCUUGCAGUUGUUCUUCAAUCAGGUGAUGUCCUACGCAUCCUACUCAUUACUUGCCACACGCCCAAUCCUGCUACAUGUUCUCAAAACCCGGCUGUUGCAGCCACAGACCGAAUCGGACAUACCCGAAUCCGCCCUGGCGCUUUCUGAAGCUUGCGUGACAUGUGCUCGUCACUCGUCUGGACUCCUAACUGACAACUGGACCAACGGAUCCCUAAUGGUCUUCGACUAUUUUGACACGCAAUACAUGUUCUCCACCGCUACAAUUCUCGCCAUCUCGGUACUGUGGGAAAGGAACGCCUGUUCGAUGGAUAGAGAUAGACUGGAAUGUGUUGCGCAAUUCCUCCUACAACUCAAACUCACUGGCAAUCUUGCCGCGGCGGAAUUUCAUCAGCACGUCAAUGCUUUAAUGCCUCUGUUGGAGGCAAGGGAGUCGGGGUCGAAAAAUCAAGAAAGGCUCCAAGCAAUGCCCGAUGCUGUAGGAGACCCGUCAUUCGGUGUGACCUCCGCCCAAGGCUAUUCAAACCCACGAGCAGCAACCGAAAUUACGCUCACCGAGCCGCUAUUUCAAGACCUCUUGGCUCAACCAGCGACGGACCUUCAGUUCAUUGAUCAAGCAAGCUUCAUGGACGUCGAUCCCAGUCUGUACUGGUCAAACUCAGGAAUUUGA